GCUAUAAAUUCAGCCAGAAGGCGACUCGAACCUGAUCGAAAUCGAAAAGGGUUGCCUCUUGUUCUUCUUCUUCCUACGGAUCAGAGAUGGACGGAGCUCCGGCGAACGAUUUCCCGGUCACGGUGGCGCACGGCGGGCGGUACUUGCAGUACAACAUCUUCGGCAACUUGUUCGAGGUCACGGCGAAGUAUCGGCCUCCGAUCAUGCCCAUCGGGAGGGGUGCCUACGGGAUCGUCUGCUCGGUGAUGAACACGGAGACGAGGGACAUGGUGGCGAUCAAGAAGAUCGCGAACGCGUUCGACAACCACAUGGACGCGAAGCGGACGUUGAGGGAGAUCAAGCUCCUUCGCCACUUGGAUCAUGAGAAUAUCGUUGGAAUAAGGGACGUGAUUCCGCCUCCGAUGCCUCAAACCUUCAACGACGUGUACGUCGCCACCGAGCUCAUGGACACCGACCUCCACCACAUUAUCCGCUCCAACCAAGAGCUCUCCGAGGAGCACUCCCAAUACUUUUUAUACCAAAUACUUCGGGGAUUGAAGUACAUACACUCGGCCAAAGUGAUUCACAGAGACCUGAAGCCGAGCAAUCUGCUGCUGAACGCAAAUUGCGAUCUCAAGAUAUGCGAUUUUGGGCUCGCUCGGCCGACAUCAGAGAACGAUAUCAUGACAGAAUACGUGGUGACGAGGUGGUACCGGGCCCCCGAGUUGCUGCUCAACUCAUCGGAUUACACUGCGGCCAUCGAUUUAUGGUCGGUGGGUUGCAUCUUUAUGGAAUUGAUGAACAGGCAGGCGCUCUUCCCAGGGAGAGACCAUAUGAACCAGAUGCGUCUCAUCACAGAGCUUAUUGGCACUCCCACAGAAGCUGAGCUUGACUUCCUCCGGAAUGAGGAUGCAAGAAGGUACAUGAAGCACCUGCCUCAAUUUCCUCCCAAGUCAUUUGCCAGUAUGUUUCCACAUAUCAAUCCGGUUGCCAUCGAUCUCAUUGAAAGAAUGCUGACAUUUGAUCCAAACAAGAGGAUUACAGUGGAAGAAGCAUUGGCUCAUCCAUACCUUGAGAGGCUUCAUGACAUAGCAGACGAACCCAUUUGCACGGAACCCUUCUCCUUUGAUUUUGAACAGCAAGCCCUCACAGAGGACCAGAUGAAGGAGCUCAUUUUUAGAGAAGCUUUAGCAUUUAAUCCAGACUACAGUUUUUAAUGUCAAUAAUAACAAUAAAAAAAAAACAUCUCUCUAUAGAUAUAUAGUGUGCCCAUUAUCCCCACCCCCCGUGUAAAUAUUAGAAAUCAUGUCAUGUUUUUUAAUUAUUUUUUUUGGGUAAUUGAUGGAGUGUUGCUUGGAUGUAUUUGUGUGGAUUUUUGGUAGAAAAGAUGGAGUCAUUAUAAGUCAGAAUUCAAGAAUAAAGAAAUUUUAUGUGCUGUCA